AUGUCAGAGGCGCAACAUGCCUACACCAAAGGUAAGUCAACCGAAUCGGCGUUACACGUCGUGGUAAGCAGCAUUGAGAAAUCACUCAAUAAUAAGGAAUACACACUGAUCGCCUUCCUAGAUAUAGAGGGAGCUUUCAACAACGUGCUUCCCACAGCAAUAACAGACUCCCUCACAGAACUAGGGGUGGAGGCCCAACUGGUGAGGCUGAUCCAUAAACUGCUGAUAAGCAGAAUGGUUACGGCCGCUCUAGGGACCUCAACCCAGACUAGACUAGUGAACAGAGGCACCCCGCAAGGAGGUGUACUAUCGCCCCUCCUGUGGAAUAUCGCAGUAAAUAAACUACUGCGAAUUCUAGAAGGAGGGGGCUGCAAAGUAGUAGCAUACGCGGAUGAUGUCGCUAUCAUCUUUAAUGGUAAGUAUCCACAAACACUCUGCGAUCUCAUGACCGCAAAGCUAAAAAUAUUAUCAGACUGGACGAUAAAAAACGGACUCGGGGUAAAUCCCUCAAAAACGGAACUUGUCCUAUUUACGAAUAAGUACAAGAUCCCUCCACUCAACCCACCCAUACUAAACAACUGCAAUCUCUCUUUUAGCGAACACGCAAGAUACCUGGGGUUGGUAUUAGAAAAGCGGCUCAAUUGGGGCCUAAACAACCAAGAGAGAAUCAAAAAAGCAACCAUUGCACUUUACUCCUGUAAAAAGGCAAUUGGGCUAAGGUGGGGCAUGUCCCCUAAAAUUGUAAACUGGAUCUACUCAGCGGUGGUAAAGCCAAUCCUUCUAUACGGGGUGGCUCUAUGGUGGACCGCUCUACAAAAACAAUGCAUCUUAACUCCCCUAAACAAAGUACAGCGAAUGGCGGCUUUGUGUAUCAGUGGAGCCCUUCGAACUACCCCAAACGAAGCGCUGAAUGCGAUCUUGAACCUCCAGAGCCUGGACUUAGCAGGCAUGGAAAGGGCCAAAUCGGCAGCUAUUCGACUGAGGGAUACAGGGCAAUGGAAAGCCCAGCUCUACGGUCACGCUAAAAUUCUUCAGCAUGACAAAUCGAUACCGUCAAGAACGGAUCUAUGUAAAACCCGUGAAUAUAGUCACACACCCUUCGAGGCUCUGAUCCCAGGUAGGGAAGAAUGGGAUCGGGGCCGACCGGGCACAAUAGACGCUAUCUGCUUAUAUACAGACGGCUCCAAACUAGACGGACACGUCGGCGGAGGCAUAUACUCCGAAGAACUAGAGAUCAGGCAGUCUUUCAGACUCCCUGACCACUGCAGCGUCUUCCAAGCGGAAGUGCAUGCUAUAAAAGAAGCACUCGUCUGUAUAAGGGACAUAAACACCCAAGACAGACACAUAAACAUAUAUAGUGAUAGUCAGGCGGCUAUUAAAUCAAUCUAUUCGACAAGCACCAACUCCCGAACAAUAGCAGACUGUCGCAUAUCUCUCCACGAGAUAGCUAGUCAGUCUACUAUAAGCCUAAUAUGGGUCCCGGGUCACCGGGACAUCGUAGGCAACUGCAUAGCGAACGAGUUAGCCAGGCAAGGCACCAUCAUGCCUCUCCUUCCAGAAAAGGAGAGUGUCGGUAUGCCCAUGGCAACUUGCAAGCUAAAUAUCAAAAACUACUUCAUCAAACUAGCCAACACUAGGUGGCAAAAUGCACCGCAGUGUCGUAUCACCCACCAGACCUGGCCUGGGAUAAACAGUAAAAAAACAUCGGAAUUACUCAAAUUUAGUCGCACAGAGUGCGGUAUGCUAGUUCGAGUCCUUACAGGCCACUGGCUAGUCGGCACACACGCCGGCAGGCUAAAAGCCCCGUACAAUGAUUUCUGCAGAAGCUGCAGAGACGAGGAAGAGGAAGAAACGGUGGAGCAUCUCCUAUGUUUCUGCCCAGCCCUAUGCAGACUAAGGCUGAAACACUUAGGAAAACCCUUCAUUAGCGAUCUAACCGAAAUAUCGGAGAUCAACCUUAAAAGUAUAAACUCUUUCGUUAAAUCUUCCGGGUGGAAGACAUGCUAAGUAUCCAAAUUUUCUAGGACGAGAGGAAAAAUAAAAAUAGACAGGGGACCCCAAAUAAGGGAAAGAGAUCACACGGUACCACAAUGGACCCACAGAGGUCUAAGUGUGUCAGACGUUAGUCUGGCAGCC